AGAAAAAAUUUCUCUUUAAGCCAAGCAUGGUAGUGCAAACUUGUAAUCCCAGCACUUGAGAUGUGGAAGCAGCCUGCUGCGCGCUUGACGGCCGCUGUGCGACGGUUGCCGCGACUGCCGUAAAGCGAGGCCUCCGCCGCUGCUGUAGAGGGAGGUAAGAUGAAGGCAGCGGGCUGCGUCGCCGGGCCUGGGCGGGCGUCCUCAGGCAGGUGUCGCUGGUCACCCGGUACCCGGACUGGCGGUCGGGCACAUGCGGGGUAGCCGCCCUACGGCGGUGGGAGCAGCGGAGGUGGCCGCAGGUCCACGAGGGAGUCCGUCCGCCGGCUUGCUGCGCUCCUCACGGAAGCGGACAGUCCCCGUGUGCCCUUGCGGUCCGCUGAUCGUCCUGACCCGCUGCGGUUUCCGAGGUUGAUGGAGACGCUCGUAGAAGCCGGGUCGGGACGGUGUCAUCAUUUGAGCUGGGUGGUGAGAGCGGAGGAUGGGGAGAAGGAUGAGAUGUGAGGAGCAGUGCGUGGCAAGGUGCCUCCGCAGGGGCGGAACUGCUGCAGCCCGCUGCUCUGCCUGCAUCUUCAGGAGUGGCUGGAGGCAUGAACUCACCAGGGAAAGGGAGAAUGGCAGGGCCAGAUUCCCCCUGAAGGAGUUGGAUGCCGCGCGAAGCACUUGAGAAGUUCUGCGUGCAGGGGCAUGCUGCAGCCGCUUCGAAGACAGGAGAUCAUCCUAUCUUCCAUCAUCCAGCCUCCCAGCCUUCAUUUCCUCCUUCCAAAAGAAGUAUCUCUUUGUUCACAGAAAACAAGAUUUCCUUCCUGUUUCAUGAAGACAAUGAAAACAGCUGGGUUACAGUUGAGAACAACUGAGAGAACUCCACAGACCAAUGAAUAGAAUAAAAAAAUGUAAUCUUGGCCCUUCUAACACUGACAAGUUCUACAUUUCUGCUGUCAGCUGUACACUGUUUGUCACCAAAGGAUGGCUGGUUUCAGAUAGCUGAGAAUAUGGGAUUUCAGUGCUUAAAGAUUGAAAGCAAAGAUCCUCGGCUAGAUGGAAUCGACUCACUUUCUGGAACUGAAAUCCCUCUGCACUAUGUCUGUAAGCUGGCCACUCACGCCAUCCACGUGGUGUUCUUUCAUGAGAGGAGCGGCAACUACCUCUGGCAUGGUCACCUGCGACUCCAAGGACACAUGGACAGAAAGUUUGUUCCUUUUCGAAAGUUACAGUUCGGUCGUUAUCCUGGAGCUUUUGACAGGCCAGAGUUACAGCAAGUUACUGUAGAUGGACUAGAUGUUCUUAUUCCAAAAGACCCAGGACACUUUCUGGAAGAAGUACCACACUCCAGAUUUAUCGAGUGCAGGAACCUGGACAUGACCAGAAAGAUCUUCACCAACACCAGGGAGCGGUGGCGGCAGCAGAGUGUCAACAGCGCCUUUGCCAAGCUGAGGACACUCAUCCCCACUCACCCUCCAGACAAGAAGCUGAGCAAAAGUGAAACGCUUCGCUUGGCAAUGAGGUACAUCAACUUCUUGGUCAAGGUCUUGGGAGAGCAAAGCCUUCAGCAAGCAGGAGUAGCCACUCAGGGAAACAUUCUGGGGCUCUUUCCCCAAGGGCCCCACCUGCCAGACGGGGAUGAAAGAACUCUACUCAAUGACCCUGGCCCAAGCCAUGAGGCUCCCUAGGGUGGCUGUGCCGGUCAGCCCCCAGGGCAGUACCGGUUGCAGAGUCCUGCAGUUUGAUGCUGCAGAGAAGCAUGACGCAGGAGGUGACUGGGACAGAAGCUGAGAUCUGCAAAAGGACUUGAGGAAUGUUGCUCUGACCUCAUUACCUCAGAACUUCAGGCAGAACGAUUUGUUCUAUAAGUCUGCACGAGACCAUCGCAAAAAAACCAAAACAACCAUCUUUUAGAAACUGCCAUCUCACUGAUGACUUCAGUAAUGAUGAUUCCCUUCUACUGCAUCUCAGAGGAAUGAGCAAAGCUUGUUGCCCUCUGAAUAUAUUUAAAAGCUUGCUUUGAAAAAGGAGACAUGUUUAUUGAGGGUAAAUACAAGAAAUCUUAAGACUGAUGAAUGACAAGGUAGCCACUGCGGAAACCAACCCGGGAGAGGCGUGGGGCCAUCUCUGGAGGGAUGGCCCUUCGGAGCAGAGCAGUGAGGGUUAUGUGUGUGAAAGGCUCCAUAUUCUUUGACCUCUACAGAAUCAUGAUAUUCUACUUUAGCUGAAUCUCUGAAACCAAAUAGUGGAUUGCAUUCAUUUGAGGAAAAACCUUGGUAAUUUAGGAGCUAGACUUCAUAGUUCUCUCUUUUUUUUUUAGCUGAGGAUCGAACCCCGGGCCUUGUGCU